AUGUAUGUGAAAUGCUUUGAUACCGUAAUGUUUUACUAUGCGAUUUUAGUGAAUUUAGUGAAUGUCACUUUUGUCAUUUUCAAAUUUCCCACCAGUUCCAUCCCCAUACGUCCCGACGCUCGCAGGGGACGGAACCCAGAUGACAGAUGCCGGCAUCCACCGGAGGACAUUGCCGGGGACACUGCAGGAGGGACAUCGCGGGAGCGCAGGACAAGGUAAGUGAUCGAGGGAUCCCGGAGCAGCGCCGCAUGGUAUUCCCGAGUGUAGCUCGGGGUUACCGCUUGUGCUACACUCGGGAAUACCGCCAGGGAGGUUAAACCAA